AUGCUGCUGAGUCUGGCCGACAACAUUGGAACCUUUGAGGACUCGGAAAUUACUACCUCAUCUGCUAGGAUGAGAGUCACCAUCAGUGGCCUUAAACCUCUAAUCACUUGUUCCACUCUCGAAUUCUAUAAUGGAGAUGAAGUUAAUGCUGAGCUAGUUUACGAGAAACUGGAAAAACAAUACUCUAUAUGCUUUUGCUUAGAUCAUGAUGCCAAGGAUUGUGCCCAAUCUGUGGACCAAAGGAAACAGACAGAGAAGUUACCUCAGCGUAGAACUGAGGAGCCUAUAAACCAACCACCUAGAGUUGACCUGGAAAGAUGA